GUGCCCACAGCGCCUGUCAAAUCCCUCCCUCCCCCCUCCUGUCAAUCCCUCCCCAAAGGUACGCAGUCUCUGGUAAUCUCCUUUACUGUCUGCAGUCUCUGGUCAUCCCCUGCACUGUCUGCAGUCUCUGGUCAUUCCCUGUACUGUGUCCGCAGUCUCUGGUCAUCUCCUGUACUAUGUCCGCUGUCUCUGGUCAUCUCCUGUACUAUGUCCACAGUCUCUGGUCAUCUCCUGUACUAUGUCCGCAGUCUCUGGUCAUCUCCUGUACUGUGUCCGCAGUCUCUGGUCAUCUCCUGUACUAUGUCCGCAGUC